AUGCUAAAGGAGGUGGUGAUUUCGAUUGUGUGCGGCGCUGUCGUACUGACCGUAGGCAUCCUAAUCGGCCACUACGGCAUCACCAAGAGCAGCAGCUCGGCGCCGUCCUGGGUGGAUGAUGUGGUCCAGGAUGUUGACGAGGGCCUCAUUGAGAUGUUCCUGUCUGAGGUGGACAACAUCCAGAUUCAGGAGAACUUAAAGGAGUUGACCAAAGUGCCCCAUAUGGCCACCACAGCUGGAGACGAGCAGACAGUGCAGCUUAUGCUAAAGAGAUGGCAGGACCCCAAAACCGGCCUGGACCAGGCCUGGAGAGAGGAGUACAAGGUCUACCUGUCCUUCCCAGACCCCAAGAACCCCAACAAGGUCACUGUCGUGAGCGCGACUGACACUGUGCUGCACACGGCCAGGGAGAGAGAGAAGAAUUAUACUUCAGACCAGGUUGAUCCGGAUGUGGUUCAGCCAUACGCUGCAUACUCCCCUGCUGGACACCCAAAGGGGAGACUGGUGUACGCCAACCAGGGGAAACCAAGUGACUACCAGCGGCUGAACCAGACAGUGGACCUCAGAGGAACCAUCGCUAUCACCAGAUAUGGUGGAACAGGAAGAGCCGAUAAAGCCAUCAAUGCAGCACCCUACGGCGUCCUCGGCGUGCUUGUCUACACAGACCCUUUGGACAUCAACGAUGGCCUCAUGUCAGACGCCAACGAGACGUAUCCUCACUCUUGGUACUUGCCGCCGUCUGGUGUGGAGAGAGGUUCCUUCAACACUCACUAUGGAGACCUGCUCACACCUUACCUGGCUGCCAAAGAGGAAACCUACAGAAUUCCCGCUGAGGACAUUACAGGGCUCCCUCCCAUUCCUAUUCAACCAAUCGGAUUUGAGGACGCCUACAUACUAAUCUGUGAGCUGGGUGGAGAAGCAGCUCCAGAUGACUGGCAGGGGGCAUUCAACUGCACCUACAACUUUGGUGGCCCAGGGUUCAAAGAUACAUCUGUUUUCAACAACAGUGACGUGAAACUGGACAUCUUCAACUUUGAGGAGGAGAAGAACUCCUCCAAUGUGAUGGGAGUUAUCAGAGGGAGUGUGGAGCCAGACAGGUACGUGAUCUAUGGGAACCACAGGGACAGUUGGGUUCACGGUGCCAUCGACCCGAGCAGCGGGACGUCUGUCAUGCUGGAACUGACCAGAGUGCUGGGCACGAUGGUCAAGGAGGGCAAAUGGAGGCCUCGCAGGUCAAUAAUCUUCGGAAGCUGGGGAGCAGAGGAGUUUGGCCUUAUUGGGUCUGCAGAAUACACAGAGCAAUACUUCACCAAACUCAGUGAACGAACCGUUGCUUACAUCAAUGUGGACAUAGCUGUUUUUGCUAACGCCACGCUCAGAGCUUCAGGGAUGCCAUCAGUACAGAACGUCAUUUUCGAAGCCGCAAAGCAGGUCAAUGCACCUGGACUGGACUCCACAUCUGUGUACGACAACUGGAUCAAAUAUUUCAACCGAACAAGCCCAUCACAUGGACUCAUUCCCAGUGUGGGAUACCUGACCGGAGCCGGGAGCGAUUACGCUGCCUUUGUCCACUACCUGGGAAUCACUUCCAUGGACAUUUCAUACACGUACGACAGGAGUAAAACAAAUGCCCGGAUUUACCCUGCGUACCACACAGCGUAUGACACCUUUGACUACUCCUCAAAGUUCAUUGAUCCUGGGUUCGUCAGCCACCAGGCCAUUGCCAGGACAGCGGGAAACGUCCUCAUCCGAUUGGCUGACAGCCUGGUGUUACCAUUAAACUGCAGUGACUACGCUGAGAGUCUGGAGGAAUACCUCAACACAGCAGUUACCCUCUAUCAGCAACAGCUGCAAGCUCAGGCUAUCUCCAUGGAACCACUAAAACGGGCAGUGGCCAGCUUUCGCACUGCAGCUACUCAUUUGGACCAGACGAUUCUCGCUUCAGACCUGGCAAAUGAAACACCACUGAAGAUCAGAAGGCUCAAUGACCAGCUUAUGCUGCUGGACCGAGCUUUCUUGAACCCUCUGGCCUUCCCGGAUAAAUAUGCAUUCAGGCAUGUUAUCUGGGCUUCAAGCAGUGCGGGCAAGCCAACCUUCCCAGGUCUGGCUGAUGCCUACGCUAAAGCUGAGUCAUCAGGACUGUCCAGCGACUGGGACAAAGUGCACUACCACCUGUCAGUCCUGAGCCAGGCCAUCGAGGGCGCCGCUGAGAUGCUGGUUGACGUCAUAUAA